GUGCUGUCAUGGUUGAAUUUAAAUUAUCCCCAAUACUAGUUAAACUGCAAAUAAAUAAAUAUAAAUAUCCUAUUUUUAAAAACGUUAAAUUGGCUUAAAUAGUAAGUACUAUUUACAUUUACCUAAAACACCUUAAAAACACACAAACAUACAGCGCCAUCUAACCAUCACAUUAUCAACCUCCAUCAACAGCCCUGCCAACAUUCCCACAGAAAAACUCCCCGCAAUUUCGACUUGUCAUUUGCGAAGUUUGUUUGUGGUCAAAAAAUCCAGCAAAAUGCCGAUCGAAAACCUCGAAGAUCAGGGUCUAGAGAAAAACCCGGACUUGGAGUUAACGAAUUUCAAGUUCCUGCUCACUUUGCCGGAAUUCCGAAGCGAUCGAAGUGUACACCAAAAAAUCAGCGAUGCUAUAAAGAAAGACGACAUGGCGCCAUGGUACGAGCUGGUCUGCAAAGACGCGGGUUGGAAACUAGAUGCGAACCUCCUAAAACAACUAAAAACCAAGAAUGAGGAACAAAUUAAGAAACUUGAUGAGGCUAUCGAAGAUGCAGAGAAAAACCUUGGCGAGGGUGAGGUAAGGGAGGCUUAUUUGAGGAAAGCCGAGUAUUACAGUCGUAUUGGUGAUAAAGACAACUGUGUGAGCACAUUUAGACAGACCUAUGACAAAACUGUUUCACUGGGUCAUCGUUUGGACAUUAUCUUUCAUUUAAUUCGUAUUGGGUUGUUUUUUAUGGAUCACGAUAUUAUUGUGCGCAACAUCGAUAAGGCUAAAACCUUAAUCGAAGAAGGGGGCGAUUGGGAUAGGCGUAAUCGUUUAAAAGUGUACCAGGGGGCUUACUGCAUGGCUGUGAGGGACUUCAAAACGGCCGCCACUUUAUUUUUGGACACUGUAAGCACUUUCACCUCAUACGAGUUGAUGGAUUACAAGCAAUUUGUGAGGUAUACCGUGUACACUUCGAUAAUCAGUUUGCCCAGGAAUCAGCUGAGAGAUAAGGUUGUGAAGGGUUCUGAGAUUUUGGAGGUUUUGCAUUCUGAGCCUUUUGUGAAGGAUUAUUUGUUUUCCCUGUAUAAUUGUCAAUAUGCUGAGUUUUUCACUAAUUUGGCUGAAGUCGAAAGCGUUCUACGUAAAGACUACUUCCUAAACCCUCACUACCGCUAUUACGUGAGGGAAAUGCGAAUUUUAGCUUACACACAACUUCUAGAAUCGUACAGAUCUCUAACAUUGCAAUACAUGGCCGAAGCCUUUGGAGUUUCCAAGCAAUUUAUCGACCAGGAAUUGUCGACUUUCAUCGCCUCAGGUAGGCUGCACUGCAAAAUUGACAGAGUUGGCGGUAUAGUAGAGACAAACAGGCCCGAUUUGAAAAACGCGCAGUUCAACUCUGUGGUUAAGCAAGGCGAUUUGCUUUUAACCAGGGUUCAGAAAUUAUCGAGAGUAAUCAACAUUUAAAGCGCUUUUUUUAUGCAUUAUCAUACUUUUUUCGUUCUCAUAUUCAUGUGAGUUUUUUAUGUACUAAUACUAGGCGAAUAAUAAAUUUAUUUAAAUCCAA